AUGCGCCGCUCUUCGACGGCCGCUCUGCGGUCUCCCACCGUCGCCAUCCUUGGCGCCGGCAUCACAGGCCUCACGGCCGCCGCAUUUCUCCGCAAGCAAGGCAUAGAGGACUUCACCGUCUUCGAGGAGAAUGGCGAUGGCGUCGGCGGCACCUGGCGAGACCAUGACUACCCAGGAGCCGGGACAGACACCGAGGUCCCGUCGUACCUGCCAACCUUUCUCCCACGCCCCAACUUCCACUCGCAGUUUGCACGGCGAGACGAGAUCCUAUCCUACUGUGAGAUGGUGGCAGCAGAGUACUGCGGCAGCGACCUGGCCGAGUACAAAGGCAAGCGUAUCCUCAUCGUCGGCUGCGGCGCGACGGCGGUUCAGCUCGCACCCACCGUCGCGCCCGUCGCCCGCUCCGUCACCGUGCUGCGGCGGACGAUGCCGUACAUGACGGUGCGUUCAAAGGUGGCUCUGCCGCAGCGAGCCUGGCUCUACACGCUCUGGCGGUGGGUGUACGAGCUGCGGAACGACUUCAUCACCCUGCUCGACGGCGCUCGGUGCAUCGAGUUCGUGCUGCGGUGGUGGGUGUGGCUUCGGGACUACAUGCUCCGCGCGCCUCUCCCUGCCGCGUGCCAGCCCAGCCCGGGGCAGCCGGUGCAGUGCACGCGGCGCGCGUUCGACUACCUUGGCUUCCGGUCUGCGGUGAUCGAUGGCCGCAUCUCGGUGGUCGACGGCCAGGCCGACCCGCUGCGCGCCUACACGCCCGACGGCGUCGUCCUCGCCUCUGGCCGUGAACUGCGCGCGGACCUCGUCGUGCUGGCGACCGGCUACGAGAUCGGCAAGGUCGACAUCUCCUUCUAUGUGGAGGGUGCACUUCGCGAUCAGGCCGAGGCGUCGCGCUUCCCCAACUUCUUCUACCCGCUCGCGGGCGCGCCGCUCUUCACCAUCCCGCCCCGCGUCUGCGAGGACAACAUGCUGUACUUUGUGCGCGUCCUCCGCUCUUACUCCGCUCAUCCCGUCCUCUUCUUCCCGCCCGAGGACCAGCCGAGCUUUCGGAAGGACUACAGCAUCCUCUUCAGCCCGCACUGCUCGUCGCGGCGCUACCUCCUCCACGACCGCAAAGAUGCGCCGCGCUACCGGACCGACGACCUCCAGGUGCAGGGCAUCCCCGUCCCGCGCGCCUUCGCGCGCUGGGUCCUCUGGUGGCAGCGCCCGCGGGAGUGGCGCCCGAAGGGCGCAGGCGAGGAGGAGGGCGACGCGGCAAUCACCGCGGGGCCUUCUUCGAACGCCGCCAUGCAGUGCUUGGCGAUGCUCGUACUCGUAGUGUACUUUUUGGUCCCGGUGUUAGGACAAUCGUACUGUGGUACUUUCGUGGUCCCGGUGUUACGUUAA